AUGUCCUCUGUUGUGCUGAACGUCGGCUACUUCUUCCCAGCCACUACUCUUAACCUUACAAUGAGAAACUGUGGGUUGGAAAAGUUUGGCUACGAUUUCUUUCAAGGACUCAACUCGGUCGAAUACCUCGAUCUGUCGGAGAACAAGCUUGCUACGGCAUAUGCCGGCAACACCAUCGGGAAAACUUGUACAACUACAUUCUGCGCAGUUCAGAUUUUGAAUCUAACUGGAAAUGUGCUGACAAGUUUCCCUUCGGUUGUCUUCAACCUCGACGACCUCAGUGAAUUAUACCUUCGCAACAACAAUAUUACGGACUUCAACGUCAGCGCUUCCGUCUUCAGUUCGAUCUCGGCAUUACGAGCAUACGAGUCGGACCAACCAGACGAGUUGGCUACUUGCACUGGUGGCACGUGGCAAACCGCACACAAUGUUACGUUUUGUGUCCUCGAUACCUCCACAGCAGCGGAGGCUGGAUCCGUCGUAGUAAUGCUCUUGAUCAUUUUUGUGUGGAUGAAGUGGGGUCCUCGAUCAGACAUAGAGCGUCUGUCCUCCUCCUCCAAGAUCGACAGCACUAGAGCGUCAAACUUGGAUGAAACAAGGCGGGAAGUAAAUCAAGCUCUUCUCGAAGACCCAGUGAUUGUGACCAACCGUAUCGAGUACAAGCAGUUGAGACUCGGCAAGUGUAUCAGCAAAGGGGGCUUCGGAUUAGUAUUCACCGGGGAAUACAAAGGCCGUCGCGUGGCUAUCAAGAAAAUUCGCCCAGAUCGCAGCGGAGACGUCUCGGAGAUUGAGGUCUUUCUCAAGGAGAUCAUUAUGAUGGCGGUGUUGUAUCAUCCGCGCAUUGUCGAGUUCAUCGGUGUGACCUGGGACAACUUACGCCACCUGGCAGCGGUGACUGAGUUCAUGGAUAAUGGCGAUCUUCGAGAAGCGCUAGCUUAUCUGCACUCGCAGCAUCCGAAAGUAAUCCACCGCGACCUCAAGUCCAAGAACGUGCUGCUGAACUUGUAUUACGAGGCCAAGUUGAGCGACUUCGGCAUUUCGCGCAUGCGGUACGACAUGGAGACGCACAUGACGGCGGGGGUGGGCACUUCGUUUUGGAUUGCACCCGAAAUUCUGCUCGGUCGGGACUACGACGAGCGCGCAGACAUUUAUUCCUUCGGCGUGGUCCUCUCGGAAAUCGACACGGACGACUAUCCGUACUGGAACGACAACAACCCUCACGCAGCUCGCGGCAAAAUCCAGGAGGCCGAGAUCUUGAGCCAAGUCGCCGUGGGCCACAUGCGGCCGGAGUUUUCGGUGGAUUGCCCAGAGGAGAUACUGGCAUUAGCAGACGCGUGCCUGCAGAAAGACCCACGGAACCGACCGACCGCAGCGGAGAUCGUGAUGAUCCUCCAGAAUUUGAUUCAUCCUUCACGCUGCGGGUCAUCGUCGCAGAUGUCCGACGACUCCGGAUCGAUAUGGUCGGUUGAAAGUCCGAGCAAUAUCAUUCUGUAA